AACAAAAACGAACUCAAUAUGUUGAUUCUAUUCACGCUGAUCAGUGUUUUGUAAAUUUCGGUCAUGCUAACCCGGUUUGGAAUUACAGAGUCUAGUGCACACCAUAAUUGAGUAAAAGAAAAUGAAAUAUAUCCACCCAGCCAUUCUUCUACGUUAGGAAGUGUUAUUAUACACUACUGUGCUGCUAACAAUAGCAACGGAACUGCUUUUUCAAUUGUCUAGACGAAAUUAUUUAAACUUAGCAUAAUAUAUAUUUGUAUUUCACUAAGCACUCCAAAACACUUCUUCUUCGAGGAAAUAGUAAUGAAAAGAAUAUUUUCAAGUUUGGUUAUUGUCCUCAUUCUGACUUCUACGUUCAGUGUUCAUGGAUUGAAAAAGAGAAAGAAGCGACAAGCAAGUGUACCCAGAUGUCCGACAGGUGACGUUGGUUCAUUUCCACUCCAGUCUGGGAGCGGAAUUACCCGUUGUAGAACGACAAGUUUUCAACGUGUCAGAGUCCACGUGAGACAAAGCUAUGAUUUUGGAGUCGAUGCUCCGAUUAUUUUUCCUGAACAGAGUGAACCUCUCGAAGAAAUAUCAUGUACCACGUCCACAGGAGCUCAGGGAACCUGUAAACACCCAACUAGUUGUGUGUUUACGUUUGAUAGUGUAGAUGAUUUAGAAACGUCGACGUGUCGUCAAAGUAACAAUGACAUUGGCAUCUGCUGCUCUGAUGAAGUAACUGGUAGAAGACAAACCACAAUUCCGAUUAGUAUCCCGGCCUCGGCCUCGUUCAUUCCAUCAGGGAUCAUCCCAAACCAGAUCACUUCAAAUGAUUUAGACGACGCAGGUAAAGCUGGACAGGAAGCUUUAGCAGGACUGCAAGCUUUGGAAUUGGAACUCAAACAACUGGGCUUAGUUGUACAAAAAGGAACAUCUACAUCUUUUCAUCAGGCGUUUUUUGGAACAAAAAGAAUCAUCCAACAGCUGGGAAACAACGGAUUCGUUGGUCUGAGAGCGUCUGAAACAUUGGCCAAAAGGAUAGGCCAGAGUGCCAAUGAGGUAAGGGACAGUCUUCCUAACUUUAGUUUGAAGGGCACUGUUGCCAAUUCUGUUUGUCCCAUUGAACCUCCUUGUCCGUCAACAAAGUACCGUACCAUAGACGGCAGCUGUAACAACUUGCGCAAUCCUACCUGGGGCAAAUCUUUUACCGCCUUCAUCCGUCUGCUUCGACCAAAUUAUGCCGAUGGACUGAGCUUACCACGGAUUGCUUCUGAUGGGGGUCCUCUCCCCAGUGCAAGAGAUGUCUCGGUGAAAGCGACCCCUGAUGAAUCAAGGUUUGUGUUCGGAAUGCUUAAACUGUCGUUUUUAAAUUACGAAAUAGCGAAUGACAGACAGUGUUUUGUUUUCUUUUUAGGACUCCUUCGGGUUUCCAGGCUUGGAAACGUUGACCUCUUGCCCAAAGAAACUGAUGAAAACAUCGAAUGUCAGCAGUCUCAGGGGAACAGUGAUUUCUUGUGCUUUAAAGCAGGUGAUGAACGUGCUAACGAGCAAAUAGAUUUAGCUCUUCUCCAUACCAUCUGGAUGAGGGAGCACAACAGAGUAGCCAGAGUUCUAGCCUACUACAACCCUGGCUGGAAUGAUGAGAUUCUCUACCAAGAAGGUCGCCGUAUAGUCGGAGCUGAGAUGCAACAUAUUGUCUUCAACGAAUUCUUACCGCUUCUGUUAGGUAAAGGUGUAAUGAGUAAAUUCAGAUUGUUGUUGAAACGCAGAGGCCAUAGUACUAGCUACGAUCCAACUCUCAAUCCAGGAAUUGCGAAUGCGUUUAGCGCAGCUGCUUACCGCUAUGGCCACACUCUUGUGCAGGGUACAUUGAACUUGAUUGAUAAAACUAACGAGAUCGUUGAUAAGGUGCCUAUAAGGGACGCUUUCUUCAAUCCUUCUCGACUCUACGAGCCUGGUAACCUAGAUCGUUUGCUACGCGGGUUAGUUAGACAACCUUCCCAGCGAUUUGAUUCUUUUGUCACCAAUGAGUUGACCAACCACCUUUUCCAACCUCCUGGUCAAAAGUUUGGAAUGGAUCUUGUUGCAUUGAAUAUCCAAAGAGGGCGUGACCACGGAAUUCCAGGUUAUAAUGAUUGGAGGGAACAUUGUGGACUGCCCAGGGCUCGAUCAUUUGAUGACCUGACUCGAUGGAUGAAUCCGAACUCAGUCAAUGCUUUCAAGGAACUUUACAGGAACGUGGAUGACAUAGACUUAUUUCCGGCCGGUAUCGCCGAGCGUUCCCUUCCAGGCGCUACUCUUGGUCCCACGUUUGCGUGUAUCGCUGGCGACCAGUUUCGAAGACUGAAGCUAGGAGAUCGUAUGUGGUACGAAAACGGCAACAUGGAGUCGUCCUUCACUGAACGAAACGUGGCUGAAAUAACUGAAAUGCCAGUAGUUUUGUUCGACCACAUUCUUGUCAAGUACUCUGAUGCAGCACCAAUGAACCAAUCUGCCUAUGGUCUGCUUAAAAGUGGUCUUGGAAGCCGAUUGUUAGAGUACAAAAGAAGAUACGAAGAAAGUAUGUAA